AAAAAAAAUAGUCAAAUCAAAAAAUAAAGGACAUAAUAUCAAAAAUAUCUGCUGGAUCACAUGAGGCAAAAAGUAGUUAAAAAAGCAAUCAGUGAUUUUAUUCUCUUUUAUUCUGGUCCCUGUUGUAACAAAGGUUAUAGAAAUUAUGAUGGAGAAAUUCAGGAUGUUAUUAACCAUUUAAUGUACAUUAGAAUAAACAGAGAUUCUAAACAAAAAGAAGAAAGCAUCUCUUAAGCAUCAGACCUUGUCAGAUGUUUGAACAUUUUAAUUUUAUUUGUGCUUCUGGUUUGUGAUCACUUUCUUAUUAUUUAGUUAGAUCUUCUAUUUUAGUUUAUUCUUUCUGUUAGUUUAUAUGUUUGUUUCCUUAGAUUAGUGCUUCUCUCUGUUUACUAUUGAAGUCAAGUUUAGUUAUUUUUCCAUGAAGUUUUCUCUGCUUUACUUAUGACUCAUAAUUUCCUUCAGUCUGCCAUUCUGCUCCCCUUCACAGCUGUUCCUUAUUUCCUUAUUAAUUUCUGCCUGUUCCCUUCACCAGCUGCAUCUACUCACCUGUGAUUAGCUCUCCUGGUUCUCAUGUCAUCCUCCUCAGUGUGUCUAUUUCUUCAUUUCUGCAUUGUUCUCUGUGGAUUCUCCACCUUUUCUGAGCAACUCAUCAGUUUCCUGCAACUGAUCAGAAACUCAGCGAAAGAUCAAUUUCCUGAUCUUUGCUCCUCAUCCCCACAGUUAUUCUACAAAAGUUCUUUGUUUUUUAUUUAUUUAUUUUUAUUGAAAACUUUGGCUUUUCAUUGGGAUCCUACCUUUUGCACAUCAUAAUAUAUUUUGUUAUUGUUGUAUAUUUGGCAGUUUUUUUGAAGAAAAACAAAUAAAUAAAAACAAAUAAGAAAAACAAAUAAAGUAAGAAGAAUGAUGUAAUAUUACAAGAAAAAAAGUUGAUUAUGAGAACAUAAUCAAAAUAAUAAUAGAAUAAAGUUGUAGUAUGAGAAUGAAGUUGUACAAGAAUAAACUCGGAAUAUUUUGAUAAUAAAGUCAGAAAAUAAAGUAGUAAUAUUACCAGAAUAAAGUCUCAAUAUUACAAGAAUGAAGUCAAAAUAAUGCAGGAAUAAAUUAAUAAUAUAUUCUCAAAAUAAAGUCAGAAUAUAUAAGAAUCUAAGUAGAAUAAAAUCUCUAUAUUACCAGAAUAAUAUAAUAACUUUAUUCUCGUAAUAUUAUGGCUUUAUUCUCUGAAUUUUACUAUUUUUAUUUUCUUAGCCUGGAUUGAAUACCCCGUCAUGCAAAUGAGCUUUUUUUUUUCUUACAAUCCAGGGUUUUUGUACAGAUUUUCAGUAUUUUGCAUUGUGCUUUACUUUAAUUCACAUUUGCUUCUAGCUGUAUUUUUUUUGUUUUGGUUUCCUUUGUUUUGUUUUUCUAAUUAGGAAAGAAAGUUAGAGAUUAGGUACGAGGCAGUUGUAGUUUCCCUCUGUUUUAUUCACCAGUUAGACGUCUUUAAUUUGCAUUUUGGCUGCUGUAAAAUGGAUCAUGGCUUCCUGGCGGUGUCCCAAUCAGUGGUUUAUGCUGCUGUGUGUCUGUCAGACCAGCUGAAGCCACCUGUUGACUCUCCUCAGCUCACUGCUGGCGGCGACUGCAAGCUUCUUCAUUACUGCUGACUAAGAAAGCUUAGCAGCUCUGAACACAAACCACAAUCCACGCUCUGCUCCCAUUCCCACUGAUCGAGUCUGGACACCAGCUACAGCUACAGCGUGUGAAUGCUGUGUUUUGAGGGAGGAUGCAGGUGGAUGGCUUAGUGUACAAAUCAAUUCAUAACAGAUUGUGUUUUUAUAAGAAAAAUAAAUAUUUAUUCAGACUCCUACAUCUUUUUGAUGUUUUUGCAUCACCGACUCAAAUGUUGUCCAGCAGUUCUGAUGUGAUUCCAGAGUACUUCUUGGUGUUGGAUUAUGUAUUAUUUUAAAGAAUAUUUUCUAAUCUUAUCUUCUUUCAAUGAGACUAUAUAAUAUUUGUAAGGUUCUUCAGAUGAAAAUGUCAGGAUCCUGGAUUGUUUGAGUUUUUUAGUGCUUUUCUUAGUUUGGUUCUUUCUUUGGUUAGUCAUUCUUUUGCAUUUUGUUAUUUUUCUGUUUGUUUAUUGUUUACUCCCUGCUCCUCUCUCUCUCCCUCAGUCUGCCUGCCUGGUCUCUCCUCUCAGCUGAACCUUGUUUACACUCAGCCAUGUGUUCGUGAUCCAGCAAUCAAGCUCCAAAGUACUAAAGCUGCUCAUUUUCCUUCAGUCUAUUGGUUCCUAGUGUUUUAUUCCUGCUGGUCCAAUGCACUUUUCCCUUCAUACUGCUGUGUUUGUAUUUUUUCAUUAAUAGUAUCAAUUCCAUCAUUUUUGGGGUUUUUUACAACCACAACAGAAAAUAAUUUAAGGCUUGUUUCAAUGUGAUUGUCAGUGUGACUGAUUGAUGUGUUGACAUUUAUAGUUAAAGAUCCUGAAAUCAGUGUCUUUGUUUUCAGAUGACCUCUUAACCUCUGGCCUUUUCAUGCGAGCUUGGAUGAGCACCAGUUUCUGAAACCUGCUUUAAAAGGCUUGUUCAGUCAUCCACACAUGAAUCCUCCAGUUUACAGCUGAUCUGUCUCCAUCUAUGGUUUCUACAAUCCUACCAGGGACCGGGCCUGUCCUUGAUGUUAGCCCGCCUGGCGGCUGCUCUGCCGGGGAAAAGGCAACAGAGGAGGCCGGACUGGAAGACAUGGAGGCUGGCCGUCCUUGCAGAGGGACUGGGCUGUAGGACGUGCUGAUUUCUUCAGUGGAGGGGUUGGCUCUCGUAGUAUGGACCCCGCCCACAUCGGAGGGGAUAUGUCACCUUUGUAUGUGCCGAGGAAAAGGAAACCUGUCCAAUCACAAGCCAGAAGUUCACCUCCAUGUCCAGCUGUUCAAAGGUUUCCUGACAGACGAGGUGAACUACAUCCGUUUGAAAAUCCAGAGGAAGAAGAGACUAAAGAUCACAACGAUGUACAGAUGAUAAGAACUUGCAGCAACAAAAGGUUAAACCUUUGUAAUAUAGCCAGGUAUGAAGACCUGCAGAAUGUUUCCUUGGGAUCUGUGGAUUAUCCGACCACCAGCUGCUCUGUGAUGUCAUCAGGUGGCCUGGCCAACGGCUCGGAUGAAAGGUCCAUAAACAUGCCUCCAAGAGAGAUGGGGAAGGACGUUUGGCCUGAAGGAUCGGAGGCAAGCCGGGAGCAGCCGCAGCCUGGGGAACAGACCUGGAGCUCCAGCAGGGAACGAGGCCCUGAAGCCUGGACUCCAGGCAGGGAAGAACCCCAAACAUGGAUUCCUGACAGAGAUAGAGGCCAUUCUGGACCGGAUCAGGCUUGGCUCACGAGCCAGGAGCAAGGUCCCGAGUCUGGAUGGGGGGCAGGGAGAAACCAAAGCCAGGAUCAGGCCUGGAACGGUGGAAGGGAUCCAGGAACAGACGGAUCCUCCGGCGGACCAGAGCAAACGUGGGGAAACGGCCGAAGCCAGGAAGAGCAAGUCUGGAGCGACUCAGACAGGGAACGAGGAAACAUCUGGAGACCCGACAUGAACAUGAAGAAGGUCCAGAGAGCAGAAGUGGAGCCAGGCCCUGCUGUAAAUAACUUCCUUCCACCACCAGAGGGCAGCAUGUCCUAUGCAGUCAGUGUUAGUAGGAGCUCAACUGUCCAAAUGAAUGAAGAUCAGAAACCCAUCAUUCUUCCAAUCAAGAAGGAACCUCCAACCUACCCUCCAGGAAGCCAAGAGGAGCGUUGGCAGCUCCAGAUUGUGGCCAAAGGGAGAGUGACGUGUCCCAAAUGUAAAAGUGUGAGCAGGAAAACUGUGGAGGGGCUGAAGAAACACAUGGAGAACUGCAGACUGCAACCUUUUACCUGUCAGCACUGCGGGAAGCAGCUUAAAUCCUCCACAGGGAUGAAGUAUCACAUCAUGGCUGACCACAGCAACCUGCCAUCAGCUGAUGACACCAAAGGCCUUGACGACCGCGCCAUCAAAGACAAACUGCGAAAAAUCCUGAAGAGACUCGGCAAACUGAAAUGCUCUAAAGAAGGCUGCACUGCUGCCUUCACCAGCAUCAUGGGCUAUGUGUACCAUAUGAAGAAGUGUGGGAAGGAAGAGUCUGAGCUGGAGAAGUUGCUGCUGAAUUGCUCCCACUGUGGGAAAGCAUACAAAUCCAAGGCUGGUCUGGAGUACCACCUGAAAUCAGAGCAUGCUCCUACGCCCCAGAAGCCUGAAGAGGACGAGGCCCUGAAGGCCCAGAGGGAGGCUAACCCAGAGCGGACGCCCAGCGGCAGAGUGCAGCGCGCCUCUGCACAGGUGGCCAACUUCCACCUGGCUGAGAUCGCCAACAAUGAACUGCCAAAGGACUGGCCCAAGAGGAAGUUUCAGUCAGACCUUGUGCCUGACGACAAGAAGUUGAAAUACGCCCGACCAGGCCUGCCGGCGUUCAGCCAAGAGGUGCUGAGAAAGUGGAAGAAUGAGGUGAAGCUGCAGAGGAAAGUUCACUGUCCCAACCAGGGUUGUGACUGUACAUACACCAGUGUGUCUGGGCUGAAAGCUCACCUGGGAUUGUGCACAAAGGGUGAAUUUGAGGCUGGAAAAUACAGAUGUUUGAUAUGCAACAAGGAGUUUAAUUCUGAAAGUGGAGUGAAAUAUCACAUAAACUCAGUCCACUCACAGGACUGGUUUGUAACAAACAAAAAAGCCUCCAAGAAGUUUGAGAAGUUCCUCAAGAACCAACCAAAAGAGUCAGUCCAUGCAAACAAGCAAACUGUUGACCAGUACCACUACCACCACCUGCACCAACAGCAGCAUCAUCAUUAUCAUCAUCAUCACCACCAGCAGCCCCUGCAGCAUCCACUGCAGCCUCUGUAUCACCUGCAGCACCAAACCCAGUUCCUCCAUCCGGAGCAGCAGAACCUCCACUCACAAGAAGAGCCAGAGCUCCACUACACUUCCCUAGAACCUCCAGCAGGACCUGUGUGGUUGGACAUGGACCGCAAGGAAGCCGUGCUGGGACCGGAACACAUCGACAUGCACAUGGUGGACACGAUCAAAUCAGAGGAGAACAGCGAUGAGAUAAUGGAGGUCAAAGGGAGGAUUAAGGGAGAAACGAUAGGAGAAACCGGGAUGGUGGAUGGGAAACAGACAGACUGCUUCGGUUUCAGCAGCAGUGAGGUGGAAGCCGGGCUUCAUGGCAUGCAGCGCCAUCUCGACCAGUGGAAUCUGAAACGGCCCGACAUCAUGGAGCCACAUGCUGACGCUGCAAAAUGAUGGAGAAAUGCCUGAUAGGAUCCUGCAUCAGCUGCUAAAAUAAAUGAUGCAACAGGCGGCUACUCCUACUAAAGAUGAGACAACAACAGGAAGUAUACUACAAAUAAAACUUUGAACUGAUGAAGGACGUAUAGCAAGUUGUGGAUUUAAAACUAAUGUAGUCACAAUAUUUAUCUGGGCAUUUUCACCAGUUUUUAAUGCUUUCUAAUUCUUUUAAAACCUUCCUGUCUUUGUUGUUAACCAUGAAAGGUAAAGUCAGUUCAACACAACAUGAGGAUGUCAGCAUAUUUUAAUUGAAAACGUGUUCUGUUCUCUCUGACAACACUUUGUGCCUCAUAAGUUUGAUCUGUCUAACCUCAUUUUGUUUUAUUUACAUCUGUGGCUUCAUCAGAUGAAAGACAGGAGAAAUCUUAAAGUAGCACCGACCCAGUAACUGUGUUUCUAAAAGUUUUUUUCUACUGCCUUUCUCUUAUGUGUAAAAUAGACUUUUCCAACCUUUUCAUCCUCAACAAAUGUGUUAUACUUCUGUUUGUGUGGAUCUUAAUAACAAAAAACACAUUAAGCUUUAGUCUACAAUAUUGUCAGUGUCAAAAGCACAAAAAGAGAUUAAAUAUGAUUGGUUUCCUCUAUUCAAACUGAUUCUAAUAUUAGAUGAAGUCUACAGCUACAUAAAGUUCACACACAGCAGAAAAUCUGAUAUUUUAAACACAAAUCACAAAAACUUUUACACUGCAUGAAUACAUUUUGUCAACUGAUGAAUGAAAAAAAGAAUUUAAAAUGUCCUGUUUGCAGAUUUGUUAUUGUCUCCUAAUAUUAUUCCUGAUAUUGAUAGAUUAAUGUCCAUGUUCUCUGUGAUUUACAUCCACUGUUGUUAGACAUGUUUAUUUCGGUUAUAUCUAGCUCUAAUGUUUAACAGAUAUUUUUUUCAGCUGAUGAAAUGUUAAUUAAUGUAUUUUCUUCUUGUUUCUGCCUUUUGCACAUUUCUUUUCAAACCAAACUAAAGAAUCAAGUCUUGAAUUAAUUUGUUUUAAGAGCUUCCUACUGAGCAUUUUAAAUGUUUGUAAGGUGUUGCUUGUGUUUCAAAAAGACAAAACUAUCAUUUUGACUUUUACAUAUAACACAUUCUCUGCAAAAAGUUAACUUUCUUUUUCAGUGACCUUCUGAAAUUUUCAUUUCACAGAUUGAAUUCCUGAUCUUGAAAAACUCACAUUUUGAAAGAUAUGGAUCAUGUUCUCUUUAUUGUAACAAAAAAAAUUCUAAUAAGUUCCUGUGGUAAAGUGAAAAAUAAUAGUUCUUCAAAUUCUUAUAGAUAUAAGGCAAAUAUUUGAUUCUGAUAUUUAGUCAUUUUAAGCCUAAUUUAUUAGGUGAAACUGUACAAAUGUAAGCCUACCCUUCUUAAAGUUGGCUAUUUAUAUAAUCUUUGAUAUAAGCACCAGGAAAAAAAUA